AUGAUCAGGUGGUGCUUUCAGAUUCCACUACAUUAUUUCAAGAAAGAAGAAAAGAAAGCUGAAAUAUCACCAGGAUGCGGUUUCUACAUGGAUAAAACCAUUAUUGCUGACAUCGAAGAAAAUGCUGAAAAUAAUUGGCGAAAUCUAGUGACUGCAGUAAUAAAUGAAGUAUAUGGCGCUGAAAUUAAGAAUUUCUCGGCUAAAGGACGUGUCUCUCAUAAACGAUAA